AUGGCUGGAAACUCAUCAUGUCUGAGGCUUUUCAUCUUAGGUGUCUCCCUCCUCUCUUGCUCGUUCCAAUGCUUCUGUCUUUGUAAUGUAAACAGAAAAGGUGAAACUAGAAGCACUACUGCUGGGAUCAAAGGGAUGUUUGUGUUCGGAAGCUCUCUGGUUGACAAUGGCAACAACAACUUCCUACAAAACUCACUGGCCAGAGCUGAUUACUGGCCAUAUGGCGUUGAUUUUCCUCUUGGGCCUUCUGGGAGAUUCACAAAUGGAAAGAAUGUCAUCGAUCUUCUUGGAGAGCAGCUUAAGAUACCUUCCUUGAUUCCAGUAUUCGCUGAUCCCCAAACUAAAGGAAGCAAAAUUGUUCAUGGUGUCAACUUCGCUUCUGGUGCUUCUGGUAUACUCGAUGAUACUGGCUCCUUAGCGGGACAUGUAAUGAGUCUGAACGAGCAAAUAAGAAAUUUCGAGGAGGUAACUUUGCCAGAGUUGAAAACCCAGUUAGGGUUUGGGAUGGGGUGCAGUAAAAGCUUGGGAUCAUCAGUUGGUAACUACUUGUUUGUGGUGGGAACUGGUGGUAACGAUUACUCUUUCAACUACUUCCUGGCCAACCCCAAUAAUGUCAGUCUUCAAGUCUUCACCGCCAAUCUCACUUCAUCUCUCUCCACACAACUAAAGGAUAACUAUGGCAGAUAG